AUGGCACAAGCCGACGAAGUUCGCCAACCGGAGCUGCGCCAUCGUAUCGCAGCUGCAGCUGGCGCAUCCAUCGUGGCCGCGCUACUCGUGAAUCCGCUGGACGUCGUGAAGACUCGCGUACAGGCUGCAUUGAUUGUCACCGACCAGCCUCUACCAACGUGCCUCCUUUCGCGGCCCUCAUCCCUUUCGAAAUGCCAGUCGGCCAGGCUGCCCUCCAAAUUAGCGGAAGGUUGCAUGGGCGCCGCUGCCGGACCGCCUGGAGGAAGCGGUGGCCUGGCUGCCGCUUCACAGCUGCCUCGUCGGCUGCUUAUGUCGGGCCAGCUGCCCAUGUCGUCUUGCGCCUGUGCGCUUAAGGUUGCGGAUCUGGGUCCAGAGCGGCUUGGCGCAGCGGAGCGAUGUGCCGAAGCGGCACGGCUGUACCGGCCCGUCAGUGCGUCGGGUGUGCUGCGGGACAUUGUACGGAAGGAGGGCCUUGCAGCGCUCUGGCGGGGUACGGACACUGCCAUGCUUGCGAGCAUCCCCAUGGUCGGAGUCUACAUGCCGAUGUACGACUACUUGCUGCAGCGUACGACAGUACCGCUGGGUGGUUAUGCCCCUCUGUUUGCGGGUUCCGCCGCGCGAACCGUUGCGGUGCUGUUGGUGGGGCCGCUGGAGCUGGUACGGACACGACAACAGGGCAGUGCCGGUGGCGCGCGUACGGCAUGGGCGGCGCUGCGGGAGACGCUGCAGGAAGUUUCUGCUGCGGCCGCCGCUGGCCGUGGUACGGUAGCGGCAGUAGCCGCGGCGCCGGCGGAGGCGGGCGCAGGCGCCGCCUCUCCGUCGGUAUCGCGGUUAGCCGGGGGCCUGAGGCUGCUGCGCUCGGUGCCGCAGCUGUGGAGGGGCGUGGGAGCGACGCUGGCUCGGGAUGUUCCCUUUUCUGCGAUUUACUGGGGCCUUAUGGAGCGAGCGCGUGGUGAGCUCCUGGCUCGGUGGUACCACCGGCCCUCUCCGCCCCCCGACACAUCACCCACCGGGGCGCCGAUGAGAUUGGAAUCGGUGGGCGGUUCUCCUCAGGGGGCUAUCCCGGAGCUGGGAGGGCACCAGCAGCAUGGGCAGCAGGAGCAACGACCCGAGGGUCCGUCCAGUCGUGUGGUGUUGGCGGUGAACCUAGUGGCGGGUAGCGCCUCCGGUGCAGUGGCGGCACUGGUGACGACACCGUUCGAUGUCGUGAAGACGCAGCUGCAGCUGGUGGGGAGCAGCAGGUCAUCCGGCAGUAGCAGUAGCAGCAGCAGUACUGGCCACGGCGGCAGUGGCGGGGGGAGCGGUAACCGUGGAGUCGGGUCGGCGGCGGCGGUGGCGGGGCGGAUAUUUCGCGAGGAGGGGGUUCGCGGUUUGUUCCGCGGGUGGGGCCCACGGGCUGCGCGCACUGCCCCGGCGUGUGCGGUGGUGGUAUCGAGCUACGAGGUGCUGAAAAUGUUGCUGUAA